AUAGAUAUAGGCCUCGUCGGCUGUAGAUUUAUCGGUCCCGAGAGAUGGAGUUCUUGGAGGAGGAGAGGCGGCCGCGAUUCCUCUUCCAAGCCGGCCGAAGCGCCGGCGUAUUCGCCGCCUCCGCGGCGAUCGAAGAGGACCCAAAGUUGGAUAAGUUUCACGCUGCCGCUUGCCUCUCCGCCUCGGCUGCCCUCCUCUUCCUUGCCUACCUUUCCCUCUCCGGCACCCAGACCCUCGCUUCCCUCCUCUUAUGGGCUGCCUUCUCCCUCGCCCUAGGCGCUUUCUCACCUCCCUCCUCCACCGGAGGUGACUGCCGCGUUGGUCGCGGAGAUCCUCUCCCCGAUCCCGAGCCCGCCCCUGAUCACUCCGAUCUUGACGAUCCCAAGAAGCGGAUCCAGGGCCGUCGCGCCAGAUCCAAGAAGCCGGAAGACCCUCCUCCUCCUCCUCUGGUUCCCGUCGUCUCGGCAAUGGCGAAGAUCAAAGAUCCGAUCUUAGACAAUGACAGUGGAUCAGCGGAUCACGUCAAGUCGGAACAAAAUGAAGAAGAGAAAGAAUGGACCGUUGAGGACUAUGAGCUUCUCAAGAGGCAGAUCUCGAAGCACCCUGUCGGCGAACCACGGCGGUGGGAGAGGAUCGCCGAAGCUUUCCGAGGCCAGCACGGGUUGGAUAGCGUGAUAACCACUGCAAAGUCAUUAUCGGAGAAGAGACCUGCGUCUGGGGAUUCAUAUCAGCAGUUUCUGAAGCAGAGGAAGCCGGUGGAUAAACGAGUGGUGGCAGCCGAGUUGGAGUUGCCACUUCAAGUUGGAGAGAACGGUGAUUCCACCAAGGAGAAUGGUGGAGGGGCGGAAAAAUGGAGCUCGGGAGAGGACAUUGCACUUCUUAAUGCUCUCAAGACAUUCCCCAAGGAUGUGUCAAUGAGGUGGGAGAAGGUUGCUGCAGCAGUACCAGGCAAAUCGAAGGUAGCCUGCAUGAAGAGGGUCGCGGAGUUGAAGAGAAACUUUCGAACCUCGAAAGUUACAGAUGCGUGAAUAAAUCCUGCUUCCAUUUUACUGAUCUGGAGGUUAAUAUGCUUCUUAUGCAACAUCUAUGGUUAGAAGGGGAGCCUUGGCGCAACGGGUAAGACUGCGUACAAUGAAUCCUUCUCCGGAACCUCGCAUGGCGGGAGCUUCGUGCAACGGGCUAAAUCUUUCUAAAAAAAGAUUAUGGUCGCUAUAAAAAUAAAGUCUGGCUUACAUAAUUUUAUGUGAGACUGUUAUAAUGGACUGGAGUUUAAUAUCUUCUUGAUAUUAUUCUUUCUAGUAGCACUUCUUGCACAAAUAAAAUGAGACUUCCACCUUUUCUUAGAUUGCAUGAGUGGAAGAUGAAAUGAUUCUAAAUCAUAUUUCAAAACAGAUUGAUAAUUAAACUUGUUUGCUUCUAAAUGUUAUAUUUUUCAGUUAUCUAACAAUGUGACAUUCCUAUCUAUGCAUAAUCUAGUAUUCAGAAAAAACAACAGAAGUGGUCAAAAUCUAUUGUUGUUCUGACAUAUGACAAAAUGCAGAUCAUAUGCCUAUGGCUUUGACAAGAGUUCAUUACUUUGACAAGAGUUUAUUUAUGUUUGCUUAGUAUGAAAAAAUGUAUAUAAAAAAUAAACAAACUUAACAUAUCUUUAAGCUUAAUGAGAUAAAAAAUUCUGAGCUCAGCUGGUUAACAUUCAUUACAAAGCUCACGUACCGUUCGUGAACAAAGUAGUUUAGAUAUUGUACAAGGCUCAAUUAUGAUCUUGUUUGUUUAUUUUUUUAUUCAAAUAUAUAAAGUUGGCAAAUUUAUAUAAGACUCUACCACUUGACACGCUUGUUCAUAUGAGCCUCUCACCUCAUGUGACUUUUCCCUCCCCUUUUCACUUGAUGUUGUUAUCUUUCACUAAUUUUCGACCAUUUUACCAUUAUUUCUUGUUCAUACUUGUCUUCCUUUUUCGACUAUCUCCAAUUAUUUUUCCUACUUCUCUUACCUAGAUGCAUUCUCUUUUUAUUUUAUUUUAUUUUAUUUUUAUUUCAUUGUUAAAUUUUUCAUCAUUUAAUCUCAACAUAUUUAGAAUGUUUUUCCCUAAAUUUUAAGGUUGAUUUUCUUGGUUGCAAUGUGAAAUAUGAAAUGGUUCAUUCUUGUUAUGUGAUUAGUGUGUGCUUGUGAAUUAUGAUUUGGUAGUUAUAUAUAUAUAUAUCGCUCAUUCUUAAUUUAAUAUAUUUAUCUUCCCUAAUUUAAUAGUGCAAUGUUGAUAGCCUAGCCCCGGCUAUCACCUAGGCACUAGGUAAUGGGCCUAACACCUGUUUAAGAUUCUAACAGUGUGGAUGCCAUGCUAAAAAUGAGUAGAUAAGUUACAUUUACUCGAACAAGCUUUAGCUAACUUGAAGAACAGUCUUGUCUCUUGCUUGAUAUAAAAGACAUACGUUACCUAGGAUUUUUAAUCAAGUCUAACUGACUGCAUAGGUCGCUAGACAAAUAGUAGUCUAGGAUUAAUAAUUUUACUACGUUUGCAACUCCGGUUACAAUUGAGAUAACGAAAAUAUUAAAAGUAACAUUAUCUUCAUUCGUAAUACUAUUGAUGAAAUGUAUUUUAAUAUUUUUCAUCUUUUAUUGGCAUUGUUGGCAUGUUGCCAAUUGGCAUGGAUACAGAAAGAAUGUGUGAGGAAAUAUUCAUAUGUUAUCAUAACACUUAAUACUAAGCCGCAUUCGACACUGAAAAAAUACAUUAUGUUGUCAUCCAUCAAUUGUUGCAUUACUGAUAUCGUCACUAAUGAGAGGCUGAGUAAACCAAGAAUAAUGAUCUUUUUAAAGUCCUCGUUUCGGUAGGCAUUGUCUCGAACUAUCCAUUUAACUCUUCGACGGAGACUGUAGUUGCCUUUGCUGUGAGGGAGAUGGCUUCACACAGCAGGGUUGUAGUUUCCUCUACAGCGAGGGAGAUAUCGACGGUGGGAGGCUUUACUACGUUUGCAACUUUGGUUCCAACCGAGAUGAUGAAAACAUUAAAGACAAACAUUACUUUCAUCCGUAAUACUACUGAUACGACGAGAUAUAAAGGGCUAAAGUGCAGUACAAUAUUCUUCAUCUUGUUGGAUCGUUAAGACGCUAGAAGGGGAUGAAUAGCGUUUGUCACUUUUUAGUAUAUAGAUAAUACACAGAGGAGAUAAUCAAAGUAAAAGAAAAGUGAAUGCUAACACAUGUGGUUUUAUUUGAUUCGAAGUUUUCGACGACUCCUAUUCCAAGGUCCGCAUUCCCUGAGUGCUUUGGUUGACCAAUCACUAUAAUCAAGAAAUAAUUAUAGAAUUUAAGUACAAUUGUAGGAAUUAAAAUAUACCAACAAUACAACUUAGAAAACUUGAGCACAGGUUGUCGGUGCAGCUUUUAGAUAUUCCGAAGACUUUUUCGGAGCAACGCGUGAGUACGAAAGUCAUAGCAAUUGUUGUUUUGAAGUUGCUGGUUGAAGGCCUUUAUAUAUGCCUAUUCUGGGCACCUGGAACUCUUCUGAGCACGUGGACUUUUGAUGA